AUGGCCACUGCUGAGCGCCCCCAGGUCAGGGUGCACGUGUACAGCGAUGUGGCCUGCCCCUGGUGCUGGGUGGGCUGGAACCGCCUCACCCAAGCCAUGGAACACUUGAGCGAGGCAGCGACUUUCGAUGUCCGCUGGCACGCCUUCUUGCUGGACCCACAGUUUGCAGAGGGAGGCAAGUGGGAUGGCGCAUUUUUUGCCGACUGGCGCUGGCGGUCCAACACAGCCGGAGCCCACGAGCUGAUUGCGCUGGCGGAUCGCCGCGGCGCCAGCCACGCCGCCAGCGGCCUGCUCUUCCGCAAGAACUAUGAGGAGGGCAAAAACCUGUGCCGAGAGGGGCUACUCAGCGCGGCGCGUGAGCUGGGCCUGCCCGCCGAGGAGGUAGAGGCCUGGCUGGGCAGCCCUGAGGCGGCAGCGGCUGUUCGCAGCGAUGAUCAGGAGGUCAAGCGACACAUCCACUCGGUGCCCACGUUUCUGAUCAGCUGUGGUGCCAGCAAGGUGGUGCAGCUGGUGGGAGCUGAGAGCGUGAAGGCAUUCGAAGUGGCCUUCAGGAAGGUCAUGCACGAGAUGGGGGGCGUGCCGGCUGCUGCGCCAAGCGUGGCGCUGCCAAACGAGUCGGCCAAGCACCAGCAUGCGGCAUAUGGCGAGCGGCCGUCUGCUGCCAAGGCAGCGGCGGAGGAGUGA